AUAAUGAGACAUAAGAGUAUCCUCCUAAGCGCCUCCUUGUUUUCCAUCACGACUUUUCUAAUGACGAGAUGGAUCGUGAACACCAAGAGCAACACCCAAAUGAUGCAACCUUCCCCAACACCAGCCAGAGCGCCGCUCCCUAUAAAGAGGCAGUCAGUAACCCUGUCCAGUGGCACCUACACUUAUCAUCUGAACCUAACCAGGUUUGAGGCGGAGUUCCCACAACUACAAAGUUACAAUUGCACACUCAUCCAGGAGCCAACCCAAGAGGAACAAGGAGCAAACAACCAAAAACUUCUGAUCCUGGCGGUGAAAUCCCAACCCAGUACUGGGGCAAGGAGGUCAGAACUACGGAAGACAUGGGCUAAGGAGAGAGAGAUAAAUGGAUACAGAAUUAAACCGAUAUUCUUGUUGGGAAAGACGGAUGUGAAAGGAUAUAUGGAAAUCGUGAAAUAUGAGAGCCAAGAGCAUGGUGACAUUCUACAAUGGGACAUGAGUGAAGGACACCAUAACUUGUCCUUGAAAGAACAGUGUUUCUUGAAGUGGAUGUAUCUCAAGUUACCACAAGUGGACCACAUUUUUAAAGUUGACGAUGAUGAAUUUGUGAACCCAGACGUGAUUGUACAGUAUAUUACAGAAUAUGGAUCCCCAGAUACAAUUCAUGGUUUUCACUAUCAUAGGCCACCUGUCAUGCGUCAGACCAAAUACAGCAUCACAAAGAGUCUGUACCCUCAGGAACAUUAUCCAGCUUUUGUCUCCGGUGGCGGUUUUCUGUUCCCAGGAGCCUCAGUGACCGGCCUGUACAACGCCUCCCUUCUACUCCCUGUAUUCCCAUUGGAUGAUGUAUAUUUUGGAUUUCUCACCGUGGCGGCCAACCUAACCUUUCGACAUGACAGUCGCUUCUACGUGAAAGGAUUAAAGUACGAUGUGUGUAAGUACAAAGAAGCCCUGGUGGUCCACGGUAUUAAUGAAGAGAACAUGGCACGGAUAUGGCAGGAAGUACAGAACAGCGAAUGCCACAAGGUCAAAGUCACGUCAAGCUGACGGACAGACGUACAGACAAGGGACUGCAACAAACGGGGUGGGAAAAAACUCAUUGCUCAAUACAAGGAGUAAAACACAUCUGACUGGAUGGUGGAGGCUAAAUAAUGGAUCCAUGUUUUUAGAAUAUUAUUCAUUAUUUAUGGGAAGGCAGAGUGGAAGGUCCUUAUGAGCCCCAUAUUGUGGCAUUAUUAUAAAGGCGAUAGUUGGCCGAGCAAGUAUGGUGUCCGAUGCCUGAGGCCCUUUCUUUGAUAAGACCUCUAAAUUAUGUGGUUACUGCCUGUACUGAGCGCCAUUCACAUUUCUAUAGGACAAUUAUCACAAUUUUGUUUAUUUUUAAUCAUAUGUUCAAAUGUCUAUUCACGUUAUUUAACCACUUGCCGACCGACCAACAGUAAUUUUAGUGCUGACUGGGCACGCUAUGUACCAGUGCAUCGCCCCGCUCAUGCGCACUGUGCAAGCCCCCCUGGGGCACGCAGAAGCAUGAUCUGGGACUGCUGUGUCCACUAGACACAGCAGGUUGUGGUGCUCGGUCUCGGGCCGCUGUGACCGGCCCCAAUACCACGUGAUCACUGUGCGAUCACAUGUUACUUAGUAAACACUCAUGAAUGGAAUCUAUUCAUGAGAUCAAUGUUUACUACUGUGUGAUCUGUGAUUGGUCACCAGUGAUCACAUUGCACCUGGGCCAAUCACAGUACCCCGUACCAUCUGAUAGCUGUGGCCAAUCACAGCAUCACAAUAGGGAAAAAAUAAGUCAUGAAUGUAAGUCAAAAAAGAAAGAAAAAGAAGGUUUGAAGGCUUUGAGUAUUUGCUGUACUGUAGAAGCUAGGCUUUGAGCUAGCUGCCAUGAAGAGCCUAAGGCCUUGUACACAUGAUAGGAUCGCCAGAGGACACCGGUCUGAAGGACCGUUUUCAUCAGU